AUGCUCGUGCCGCUACCAGGGAAACGUAGUUCUACAGCCUCCAUCGCCGGUUGUUUCCGCUAGAGACGAACUCAGUUUCCCAUGUGGCGCUGCGGCAGCCAGUCCGAGGUCGGACUUUCCCGGCCUACAGGAGGGUUUGAACUGGGCAGUAGUCGCUGGCACAGGUUCGGAGUGAUGGUACCUGUGUCUUGGGUCUGGGAAGGUUUCGACCAAGAUUCGGCACUCUCAAUUCCCACCUGAUAAUUGAGUAUCAAAGCAUCCCGCUUUCCCCUUAGAGUCCCCAAGCGCUGCUCUCCUGACCAGUCCCAGUUUGGUUUGAUAACUGCAUCCCUCCCUACCUUUGGUAUUACAUCCCCACUCCCCACUUUCGAUCUGAAGUGUGGCCUUACUGGGCUGUGUCUCUGGUGUUCCGGGCUGGAAGAGCAAAGGCACAAGACGUCAGGGAGCCUUGCGGAAGGUUAUGAGUAGGAGCCUGAGCUGGUCUGAGCACCUCGACGUGCUUCUCAAUGCUACCGAUGGAAAUGUGGCCAGGAUUAAGCAGCGGCUGUAUCCUCUUGGAGUCUCCACAGCGGCAGGAGAUUUGGCUGGGACCUGGAUUUCCCCUCAUCACUUGCCUCCUCAGUCUGGAGUCCAUGCUCAACAGCCUUGGGCUCUAGAGACUCCCUUUGUCCCAGAGAGGCUGAGUUGGGGUAAGGCCCAUGGUGCAUCUUCUCUCUGGGAUGAAGUUAUUAUUCUCCAAUCCCAGCUUCAAUCCCAGGCUCAGGUGACUGAGACACUAAGACAGGCUGUGCAGGGGCUGCUGGAAGAGCAAGAGCAGCAGAAGUAUAAGAUCUGUACCCUGGAAGCAUCACUAAGGUUGCUGCAGGGGAGCCCAGAGCAGAGGGUCCUUCUCCUGGAUCAAUGCCUGGAGGGGCUGAGAAGGGAACUGCAGGGCCUUCGAAGCCAGGUGCAGGAACAGGCCCAAGCCCAAAUACAAACAGGACCACAAAAACGUAGUGCUACUGGUGGCCUUCACCAAGAGCUGCAGAAUGAGUGUCAACUCCUGUGGGAGGAAUCAGAGAUUCUUCAGGAGGAGCUGAAAUUGCUGCAGGACCAGCUGAGCCAGCACCAGGAGCUGCUGCUGAAACAGAUGGCUGAAGGGGGGCAAGCUCAGGCCCACAGCUGGAAGAUCUCCAGAAGAGCACACUUUCUAACCUGGAGCCCAGCAGCUUUCAGCUUUAGGCCCAGAGCCUUGAGCAGGAGAACAUAUUCUUUAAGGGCCCCACAAUGUUCCUGAGUUACCUGUAAGAACUUGUAAGAGUAGCUUUGCUCACCUUCCCCUUCAAGCCCCUGUUUCUGGGCCCCAUGUCCCUCCUUUCUUGAUCUAGCUGGUAUCUGCCCUCUUACUGAGGCUUGUCACUGCCUGCCCACCAGGCAAUAAUUACAAUAAAUGUUUUAACUCUU